UCCACUGUUUAGAAGAACAAACACAUACUUUUACAUGUGGAAUGUAAUUGAAAAAGGAUCCAAGAAAUCAAGUCUAGCGGAAAGGUACAAGAUCUCGUGCCAUAUUAUACUGUCUCUGAUGAGAGAACACUUUCACAGAGAGAACAUUCACGAAACACCAUGUGACCAGGUGACUUAUCUUCUUCGCGAUAGAGGUUUCAACAUUUUUCUGAAGAAAGAGGUACAUCAGAUUACGAACAGCGUAAAAGCACGAGGCGUGGUUUACACGCUGCAACAGUUAUCGGACCAGCAGAAACGCAAGGGCGUGAUAACAAUCUCAACGGGCAGCUUCGCAUAUACUCUCUGCCAUUUUGGGAAGAAGUUUAAAACCUUGGUGACUGUUGUGAUGCCGCUAUCAACGGCAGAUGAAACAAUCAAUAUGUGUCGAGAUCUCGGAGCAACAGUACUUAACUAUGCUAGUGAUAUGGUAGAAGCACAUAACAUCGCCUUGCGUAUUGCCAGGGAGAAAGGCUUAGUUUACAUUGACGGGAACGAUCAUCCAAAUAUGAUCAUUGGUCAAGCCACCUUGGGCAUAGAAAUUUUAAAAACAUUGCCAAAUGUUGAUGCAGUUAUUUUACCGACGACGAUCGAUGGUUGCGGACUUACAGCAGGUAUUGCGAUGGCUAUCAAAGGAUGUAAUCCAGAUGUAAUGAUUAUUGAGGUCCAAUCUGCAGAAACUGAUCCAUUAAUCAAGACCAUUAGAAGAAACUCGAUGUUUAAUAAUGAAUUGGCUAUUCCAGUGACAAAUUAUGCGUGGCAUAAAGAUGAUAGAGGAAUAAUGCAAAACUUGUUUGACACGAUUGUCUAUGUAAAACACACGUUUGUUCAAGUUGCGGUCAAUUUUUUACGACAAAAAGAAAACGUCACCGACUUUAAUACAGCAAUUGGUUUAGCAGCGAUUAUAUCCGGUGAACUCGAUGAGCUAAUGGGAAAAAGGGUGGUAAUACCUGUAUUCGGCAAGAUGGACUCGUAUUCUGAACUCACAACGAAUAAUCUAAGUUUCUUUUCUUGUCCUGGCCCCUCAUACUUAAAUAGACAGCUUUACAUUUCCAAACAAAUGGUUGACAAAGAGGAAUCUCAAGAUAUGUAUCUUGCACAUAUUUAA